AUGUCGUUAUUUCUAAGAAGUAUAAAAAAUGUAAAAAAGCUUCAUUUUCGCUCUAUUGCAACCAAUUCAUCUUAUGCAGCUAAACCAUUAUUAACUGUUGAUUUAACAAAGCCACCUUUUGAGCAACCAAUUCCGUUACAUAAUCGAUGGCAUCCCGACAUCCCACCAAUUGUAUCAGUUAAACCAGGUGAAAUAUUUCGUGUAGAAUGUGUUGAUUGGACCGGUGGGCAAAUUCAAAAUUCAGAUAUAGCAGAUGAUGUAAAAAAUGUUGAUUUAACACAAAUACAUUAUUUAACUGGACCGAUCGAGGUCAAUGGCGCAAAACCGGGUGAUGUUCUCAUUGUUGAUAUUCUUGAUGUUGGACCUUUAGCAAGAUGUAUGUGGGGUUUUACUGGUAUAUUUGAUCACGCUAAUGGUGGUGGGUUUUUGACAGAUUAUUACAAAGAAGCGAGGAAAGCAAUAUGGGACUUUUCCGGUAUUUAUGCAACAUCGAGGCACAUUGAGGGAGUUCGAUUUGCGGGUUUAACUCAUCCUGGACUAAUUGGGUGUGCUCCAUCUCAGAAACUGUUGGAUCAAUGGAAUCGACGAGAACAAGAGUUAAUUUCAUCACAUCAAUGUAAAAAUAAAUCUCAUAUCGUUGCACAACCGCCUCAAGAGAAAGGCUCGUUGCUGGGAACAAUCGAUCGACAAUCAUCACUGUGGAAAAGAGUGGCAAACGAAGGUGCGCGAACAAUUCCACCAAGAGAGCACGGUGGCAAUUGUGAUAUCAAAAAUAUUUCACGUGGUUCAAAAAUUUAUUUUCCUGUUUAUGUUGAUGGUGCGAGAUUGAGUGUGGGUGAUAUUCACUUUUCACAAGGUGAUGGUGAAAUAUCUUUUUGUGGCGCAAUCGAAAUGAGUGGUUACGUUGAUAUGCAUAUUCAAGUGAUGAAAGAUGGUAUGAACAAACUGAAAAUGAAAAAUCCAUUAUUUCAGCCCGGUCCCGUUGAACCAAGAUAUUCAAAAUGUGUAACUUUUCAAGGAAUAUCUGUUGAUGACAAUGGUAAACAAUAUUUUCUAGAUGCAAACGUGGCUUACAUGCAAGCGUGUUUAUCUGCUAUUCGAUAUCUAACACGUUUUGGUUAUACAGAAGAACAAGCUUAUUUAAUAUUGUCAGCAGCUCCGAUCGAAGGACGAAUAAGUUCAAUUGUUGAUAUUCCUAAUGCUUGUUGUACUCUCACAUUGCCAACAGAUAUUUUUUCAUUUGAUAUUCAACCAGAAGCAAUACCAGAAACAAAAGCACGAGGUGUGUUAGCGAAAACAACUAAAUAAUAUCAUGCAACAUUGUGAUCGUCACUAUAUAAGUGUUUUGUUAUGUUUUAAUAUAUUUUAAUUUUUAGCUCUAUAUAUACUUCGUUGGUGAGAAAUAAAAUGUUUAUUAAGGAAAUUGCAUCAAGCAUAUUGUUCUUGGAAUUGUAGAACCCAUUUAUCCGCUGCCAUGUCCUUCCUAUAGAGUAGAUUGUUACGAUACAUAUAGUUAGGGAAUACUGUUAGUUUUUUCUUCGGCAGGUGACACAUACGAACUACGUUUUAGUUUAUUUAGUUAAAUUCGUGAUUUUUUAACGAUUUUCCUAAACACUUUUAAUGUACAAUGAAGAGUGGAAUUGUUAUGGAAUGAAUUUUGUUUAAUUAGUUGAUAUUCUCAUCAUAGACAUAAUUUCUGCUGGGAGGAAGGUAAAAAAACUUCUUGAUCUAGAAAUUUUGGUUUUUUGGUGGAACGCUGGCACUUUCUAAUCACAAAGCAGCGAAAAACUUUUUUGUCCGUAUAAGAAAAUUUUCGUAAAACUGUACAAGAUAUUUGGGGGGGGGGGGGGGGGGGGGGGGGGGGGGGGGGGGGGGGGGGGGGGGGGGGGGGGGGGGGGGGGGGGGGGGGGGGGGGGGGGGGGGGGGGGGGGGGGGGGGGGGGGGGGGGGGGGGGGGGGG